UUUUUUUUUUUUUUUUGCAAACGGUAAAAAAACGGUAUAACGAGUAUUUCCUUUUUCUCUCUCCCUUGAAACGGAUCGUAAGUCAACCUACGCCACCUCCCACUUAGUCAGUUACCAUUGGCGGGACGUUGUUCACAUGUAAGGUGGGGUUGCCACCUCAUCUUAAACACACCAUUACAAGACCACUUUUUGUAGCCUUAACAGAUGAAUUCAAACCGGUGAUGCAGAAGGACAAUCUAUGCAAAUUUAGGAAACCACAUGGACCAUUCUCAUCUACAAAAAACAUUAAGUACGAAUCUUCAAAAAAUUAAGAAACCACAAGGAUCAUUGUUGUAAAUCUGUUCACAUAUAUAUAAUCAUAGAGGCGUUGAAUUGAAGGUGUGAUGGAGCCAAGAAGCAAAAUGCGAAUCUCUUUCAUCAUCAUACUGUUGAUACUGCAAUCGCACAUGGUAGCCUUCUCACAUUCGAAGUCAAUCGUGGAAAACCUCCCUGGCUUUUCUGGCAAUCUUCCAUUUACGCUCGAAACAGGUUAUGUUGGAGUUGGAAAAGACGAAGAAGUGCAAUUGUUUUACUAUUUUGUGGAGUCUCAAAGAAAUCCAAAGAAAGAUCCGUUGCUUCUUUAUCUCACCGGUGGCCCUGGAACUUCCGGCAUAGUUCCAUUCCUCUAUCAAAUCGGUCCACUUAAAUUCAAAUAUGCGAAUUCAAGGAGAACUAAAGUAAAUUUGGAAGUGAACCCAUAUUCAUGGACAAAGACAGCUAAUGUCAUAUUCAUAGAUCUACCCGUUGGCACCGGAUUUUCAUAUGCCAAGACAUGGGAAUCAUCAAGGAGUAAUGAUUCCCUUGUGGCUACUCAUGCGUAUGAUUUUACAAGAAAGUGGCUCAUAGACCAUCCUAAGUUUCUCACUAAUCCAUUGUAUAUUACGGGGAUUUCAUAUAUGGGAAUAAUCAUUCCAAAUGUCGUUUCAAAAAUAUACAAUGGCAAUGAACGAAAGGUUAAACCAAAAUUGAACAUCAAGGGUUUCUUGAUUGUGAACCCGCUAACAGAUAAGUUCAUAGAUUUUAAUUCAAGAAUUGAAUUUGCAUAUCGGGCUGCAUUAAUAGAAGAUGAAAUUUACGAGCCAGCAAAAGAAAAUUGCGAAGGUAAAUAUGUAUAUGUUGAUCCAAACAACACAUUAUGUUUGAAUAGUCUUCGGCCCAUAAAUGAGUGUCUAGCUCGAAUUAACGUAAAUCACAUCUUAGAGCCACUUUGCGAUACACAAGAUCCAAAAUCGAUUUGUCGAGAAUCCAUUUAUUUUUAUUCUAAUACUUGGGCAAACACAAAAGCCGUCCGACAAGCUCUCCACAUUCGUGAGCGUACAGUAGAUAAUUGGCAGUUCACUAACACAAGCAUUCGUGCUUUAUAUGGGAAAAACGACACUAUAAUUUACUCCUACAACAUCUUCAGCAGUUUGGCCUACCAUAAAAAGCUUAUUACCAAAAAUUGCCAUGCUUUAAUCAUCAAUGGUGAUCAUGACAUGACGUUUCCAUAUAUGGGCACGAAGCAGUGGAUCAAUAGUCUUAAUCUUACAACUGUAAACACAUGGAAGCCAUGGUUCGUUAGUAGUCAAGUUGCUGGGUAUCAGAAAACAUACUCAAAAGCCAAAUAUUCUUUGAGAUAUGCGACUAUUAAGGGUGCGGGUCAUUCGGUGGCAUUGUACAAGCCUGAAGAAGCUUGGGUCAUUGUAGAGGCAUGGCUUGCUUCUCAUACUAACUCUACAAAAUCUUAACACCCUUUAACAAAGUUCUUUUUAUUAGGAAAGGUUAUUUAUUUCACUACAUAUGUACACUGUUUGACAUUUGAUGCAACACAUUGGAAUGACUAUACGUUAUAACGGUAAUACAUUUUUUUUUAAAUGUGUCA